AUGACGGGCCAACUCUUAUUCUCUACUAGUCUUAUCUCGCCUGAAGUACAAGCAGAUCUUCCACCAGGAUACAAAAUUAGACCUUUGGCAAGCGAUGAUUAUGAACGCGGAUUUCUCGAUACGUUAACAGUGCUUACUGAGAUUGGAGACAUUUCGAAAGCUCAAUUUUUAGAACGGUUUAAUUAUCUGAAGCAGCAUAACCAUGAGUAUUUCACUAUUGUGAUAUUAUCUCCUGAUGAUCGUGUUGUUGGUGCUGGAACCGUCUUUGUUGAGAGGAAGUUUAUAAGAAAUACAGGACUUGUUGGGCAUAUUGAAGAUAUUGCAGUCAAUAAAAAUCAACAAGGGAAGAAGCUUGGACUCCGGUGCGGAAAGUCUAUUAAUGGAUUAUUGACGAUAGUAUUGAGUUCUUAUAUACAAAGUCCUGGUGCCGCGGCUAAUUUAAUACUAAUAAACGUAUUCAUUGUACUUCAUCUCACAUACUUGGUUCUGACAGUUAUCCUCGAUUGUUCAGAAAAGAAUGUACCGUUCUACGAAAAGUGCGGCUUCACACGUAAGGAAGUCGAAAUGGCAUGGUACUGCAAUGAGGCCCCAAAAGCUAAGCUGUAA